AAGGUAGCCGUAGUCCAAACCUAUCCUUGUGGCAACAUACUUGGAAGUCCCUGAUCACCCCAUUGCCUCUCCCUACACAAUCAUCAACUCCUAAAUAAAAUUCAAAAAAGAGAAAGAAAAAACCAUCACAAUGCCAACUUCCCAAUUUCUGUUACCUUUUCUCCUCUAUGUAAUGGCUUCUCUCACCUUCGCAAAUGGGGCACAACUCAUUCUAGUCAACAAUUGCAAUGAAAGUGUAUGGCCGGGAAUACUUGGUGGUGCAGGGCAGCCGACCCCUAAAGAUGGCGGUUUCCAUCUUGGCAGCGGAGAGGAGGUUGUCCUCGACGUGCCAGAAAAGUGGUCAGGAAGGAUUUGGGGCAGGCAAGGCUGUUACUUUGAUGAGAGUGGAAAAGGGUCAUGUAACACUGGGGAUUGUGCCAGCCAAUUACACUGCCGAGGCAGAGGCGGUGUGCCGCCGGCAACGGUGGUCGAAAUGACACUCGGGACGUCUUAUUCGCCCUUGCAUUACUAUGAUGUGAGCUUGGUUGAUGGCUUCAAUUUGCCUGUUUCGAUGAAACCCGUAGGGGGUGGUGUUGGGUGUGGUGUGGCAUCGUGUGAGGUUGAUUUGAACAUUUGCUGCCCAUCGUCAUUGGAAGUGAAGAGGGGUGGCAAGGUGGUAGGAUGUAAGAGUGCCUGCUUGGCCAUGCAAUCGGCUAAGUAUUGCUGCACAGGGGACUAUGCAAACCCAAAGACUUGCAAGCCAACCCUUUUUGCACAUCUCUUUAAGGCUAUUUGCCCAAAGGCUUAUAGUUAUGCCUUUGAUGACUCUAGCAGCCUCAACAAAUGCAGGGCUUCACGAUAUGUUGUCACUUUCUGCCCUCCCAAGUGAGGAAGAAAGCAAGGGUGCUGUCAUGUUCUACAAGGAAGUCAGUGGCAUUGGCAAAGAAUGUCUUUGUGAUUUUUAAGUACUAAAAUUUUCUAUUUGCACUAUCAGUUGGAUUUUGUAUGCCUUUCUUUUUACUUAUUAGCAGAUGGCAUUAAGGUGUCUCCUUAAUGAAGGAUUUGUUAGAAGCAAAUGGUGGGUUAAGAAAUGUGUGGUGUUAAAAAGUAUUACAUCUGAUAUAUUUAUAGUUCACCUUUUGUUGUCAAAUUGUAUAAAU